AUGGAGUCACCACAGGCCGACACAGCCGUUGUCCAAACGCCAGGCACAUCUAAGAGCAAAGCUGGCAAGCUCAAGACUUACGCAAAAGGUCGCGUCAGCUCGGCCUCCAAGCCAAUGAGAAGCAGCGCGCGCAUUCGCGCAGCGUCUGAGGAAAUUGGAGAGCAGCAGACUCCUGCACGACCCAACAUUCCGCAAACCAUUGACGAAACCCCCGUCCAGGCAAAGGCUGCCAGGUCGACCCGCAAGCGCAAGGCCGACGCUGCUGCGCCUGCUGUCGAAGAAGCCAUGGCAAACGACGCCGCCGAGGAGUCUACUCAGAAACCUGCCAAACCGCGCAAGGGUCGCUCGAAGAAGCAGUCUAUCCAGCCCGAAGAGACACAGGAAGUCGAGGUGCCCGAGACACAGGAGUCUAGUGAGGAAGCAGCCGCUGAGAACCCUGAGGAUCACCCAGUCGAGCCCGAACAACAGCAGGAAGAUGUGGUAGAAGAGGAGGCUGAUGCUGGUGCUUUGGACGCAGAGCCCGAGGAACCCGAGGAGCCCAUGGACAACACCGAAAACGACCUCAGCCAAUUCGAGGUUCCACCAGACUCGGACAACGAAGAGCAACCGCAAUCCUCUUUAGCAAAACCUAAGACGAAACGCAAGCGUCAGUCGACUGAGAAUGGUUCGCCCGCACAAGCCGUCAAACGCGUCAAGCGAUCUUCAAUGCCUCGAUCAUCGGUUGGCGACUACCCUGAACAAGGUCCUUUCACGCCUGUCGAAUGCGACCUGAUCGAGACUCACAUGUUGACUUUCUGUCGCGACCACGAACUGUCGCGCGAUCAACUCGUUGGCUUGAUUCAGUCAUCGUCACGCGAAAUGAGCAAAGUCUACGUCGAUCUUGCCACUGAUGUUCUGCCUCAUCGCAACCGUCGCGCCGUGCAGCGCUACUGCCGCCGUCAUUACAACAACUUCCAACGUGGACGCUGGACCGAAGAGCAAGAUGAGCUGCUGCGUACCGGCUACGCUGAGACCCCCAACAAAUGGGUCAAGAUCGGUGAACGUGUGGGCCGCAUGCCAGAGGACUGCCGUGACCGCUGGCGCAACCACGUCUCGCUCGACCAACGCCACACCGAUGUCUGGACUCAGGACGAAGAACAGCGCCUGGCUCAGGCCGUCGACGAAUGUCUCAAGGCCGUCCAAGCAACCAUGGACACCACACUCAGCCGCGAGAUCGAAGACGAUUACAUUGCCUGGAACGUGGUUGUGCAAAAGAUGAACGGCUCACGCAACCGUCUCCAAUGCAGCAUGAAAUGGCGCAAAAUCAAGGCUCGCGUGAUCCGCGAGGAGGCCGCUCAGCGCGAACGCGAAGAAGCCAUUGCACGUGGAGAAAUCGUUAGGGACGAGGAAGAACUCUACGACGACGGUAUGACUUCGCCUCACACAACCACUCGCUGGAAGGCCGAAGCCCAACGCCGCUUUGACGAAAUGACCGUCGGCGAUAUGCUAGAUGUAACCCGUGAAACCCUCUAUGGCGCACAGAUGGGCGCCUUCUCUAGCAAAAACACCUUCUGGGCUGUGGUAACGCGCUUGCACGGUGGUUCCCCUUGGUCCACCGCCGACCGCAAAGUCGUCUACAGAAAACUCCGCGAAAGCGUUGGCGAUACCCAAGAUUUCAAGCUCAACCUCGAGAACCAGGUCCAUUGGCUGGAGACUAGUUUCGAUCCUGCAGCACUUGCCGUGCGCACAGCACCCAGACAUCGCGCUUCACACGGCGGCAGAAGAAGCACGGGUACUUUCCGUAGCGAGGAGAAGGUGCAGGAGUCCGAUGAAGAGGGAGAUUUGACUAUGCCUUCCAUUGGUGUUGAGCAGCAGAUUGAUGAUGAACUGGCUGAUGCUGUUGCUCAUGCUGGCGACAAUGAUGCCACAAUGGGUGCAGAAGACGUAGAAGCAAACGGCAAUGGUAAUGGAUAUGCUGAUCCAGAAGGCGAGAUUGGAGAAGAGCAGGAGCCUGAAGUUCCUGAGUCUGAGCAUGAGGAGGCGGAUUAUAACUGA